CAGUAUAGGACCAUGCCAACAGAGGAAGAUUUAAAAGCGAUAGUUGUACACAAAAAGUACAGUUCCUCACGAAAAGGCAAGGGUGAGAGCGCUCGAAAGAGAAAGAGAUCAUCUUCCAGUGAUAGCAGUCAUACCUCUAUAUCUUCAGAAACUGAACAUAAGAGUGAAAUAAAGCAAGAGGCGAAAUCAGCAAAUCCAGAUGUGGGCUUCAUUCCAAGUAGAUUCUUGAAAGAUAAACCUCAAAGACGAAGCUCGUCACGACGCCGCGAGGAGGAGACUCUAGUCAGCUAUCCUGGGUACAAAGAUUCAAAGUCCCGUCGAGAUGAGGUGAAACGAGAGAGAUCCUUGAAUGAAAGACGAGAUGAGAGGAGAGAUGAGUCUAGAAGAGAUGAGUCUAGAAGAGAUGAGUCCAGAAGAGAUGAGUCUAGAAGAGAUGACAGAAGGGAUGACAGAAGGGAUGACAGAAGGGAGGAUAGAAGGGAUGAAAGAAGGGAUGAUAGAAGACACGAGGACGAUGACAGGGGCAGACGUGAUAGAGACCACGACAAUAGGCGAGAUGACCGUGGACGGGUAGAUGACGAUAACGUCACACGGCGCCCACGUGCGGAAGAGGACAAUUCGCGCGGAUCAAGGAAUGACUACCAGAAAUCAUUCGCCAACCAGAGAAGAGAUCCCGAGCAAACCAGACCCAGGCGUGGCGAUGAGGAUAACAGAAGGAAGCCAAGAGAGGAUCCAGAAAGGGUCUCAGGAAAGAGGUCUUCGUCUAUAGAUUCGAACAAAAGAAAAGGCAGGAGAGAUGAAGAUGAAGAUUAUGACCCAAUCUCAGACGAGGAGUUAGCUAUGUUAGAGGAAGAUGCUGGAAUCAUAGAGAUCUACAAAGAGUUGGAGCGUGAAAUGCGCAGCAAGCGCUACACCGCCAACCUGGAUAGUGUUGAUUUCAGCGCUCUUGAUUUAUUGAAACCUGAGAAGAAACUAGAACCGGAACCGAGGAAGAAGGACCCCAUAGACCGGCUACUGAAGUGUGGCUACAGCGCUAACUACGGUGGUAAAGCAAUCACUGAAAAGAUAAAAGCAUUGUCUUUACAGAGGGGUGUAGAAGCACCGCUGAACGGAGCGUUCUCAGCCAACAAGAAGACAUUGAGAACAGUGUUCCAAGAAACCCUGUCCCCACACAUAGCUUUAUCUUCUCACACUGACCUUCUUCUUAGACAGAAACUAGCGCUACUGUCACGUGAUAAGAACGGCUUAUACGUGGAAAAGCGUGAGGUGUCAGAGAUAGUUUUAACAGAUGAGCCAGUUAACAACACAUUACUAAACGACAGUGUAAAACUCUUCAACCAGAUGGCGGGAACUAACCUGGAAGUAAAAUAAGACAAUCCACGUGAUGCCCAUAUAAGGAGCAUUUGAUUUUAACUAUUUGAUUUGUUGAGUUCCAGAACAUUGACUAAUUAAUUGAUUUUCAAUUAUCUUAUCAGUUACAUGAUUACAUUUUGUGAUAAGCCCGGCACGAGAUAUACCGAUAAUAUCGGACAUAAUGGAUGAUAAUGGUUAGUAACCAUUGGUUACGUUACGCUGGAGUAACCUUACGGAAGUGAAUUGCAGGAUAUAAAUAUCGAAUCAGUGUGAUGAUGUAAUCAUGUAAAGCUAGAUGGGUUAGACCUUGUGUACGUGUAUUAUCUGAACUUAGUUUGUCUCCUUGAGAGCCCCUUAUAGUUAGCUGUUGUUUCGUUUAACCAAUU